UUGCCAAAUUGCAGGCAGCCGGCAGUCAGCAGAAGUAGCCUGCGGUACUGCACUCUAUCCACUGUGCAACCACGGCUCAUGAGUUGUGUUAUUGAACACAAAUGCACUUUGCUUCCUAGAAAGAGUUAUGGUUUAGGGUCUCCUGUUUCCAUCUUUGGCUGGGCACCCAAGCCUUUCAAUUCAAAGAUCAAAGUCAGCUUGUCAGUCUGCCGAUUUCUUAAGCCUUAACACUAUACACCUGUGGCGAGACACUCUGUUAAGGCCAAAUUGGGAAGAAAUAAGAGUUCCUUCGGACUUGCUAGAGUUCUCCUGGGGCAUUAAAAAAAAAAGAGAUGGAGGAACAAGGCUCAGCUGCUUCUGAAGGAAAAGAAGGCCACAACGACCCCACCCUGUCCGAGAGCAGUGAAGCAUGUUGGGGAAAAAUAGUGCGGGAGGUUUUGGAGAAGGACCCAGAGGUUCAUUGUCAGCGUUUCAGGGAUUUCUGCUACCGGGAGGCGGAAGGUCCCAGGGAGGUUUGCAGUCGUCUCCACCAUCUUUCCCGUCAGUGGCUGCAACCCGAGCGACACACCAAGAGCCAGAUGCUGGAUCUGGUGAUCCUGGAGCAACUGCUGGCCAUCCUGCCUGUGGAGAUGUCCAGCUGGGUGAGGGACUGCGGAGCAGAAAACAGCUCCCAAGCGGUGGCCCUGGCCGAAGGUUUCCUCCUGGGUCAGAGGGAGCAGAAGAAGCUGGAGGAGCAGCAGCAGAUAAAUCAAUUCUUUAUAAAAAUGGAAGACGAUUUCCCUGCAACAGAGGAGGUCCUCCUGGACACCAUAGGGAAUCCUUUGCAAACCGGGAUCCUGCAAGAAGAUGCCAGAGGAAUCACGUUGCAAGGGGACGAAUUGAUGCUGGCAAAAAGUAUAGAGUCCUCGGUUUUUCUCUGCGGUGGAAUAGAAACCGUGGUUGACCCAGAUCAGGAUCUGGCCACUAUCAAAGAGCUGGCGGUGUAUUUCACCGAGGAAGAGUGGGUUCUGUUAGAUCCUGACCAGAAAGCCUUCUAUAAGCAAAUCAUGGAAGAGAAUUUUGAAAUCGUAACUUGUCUCAGACGUGACCGAUAUAAAAUGAAAGAACACCCAACGGGGACGAAACCAUACAUGUGUUUGGAGUGCGGAAAAGUUUUUCGUUAUAAAAUGAACCUUACCUCUCAUCAAAGAGUUCACACGGGGGAAAAACCCUACAAAUGCUUGGAGUGCAAAAAAUGCUUCAGCCAGAGUUCCAGCCUCAUUAAGCACAAACGAAUCCACACGGGCGAGAAACCUUACGCAUGCCUCGAAUGCGGAAGGCGCUUCAGCCAGAGUUCGAGCCUUGCCAAGCACAAACAAAUUCACACGGGCGAGAAACCGUACACAUGCUCAGAGUGCGGCAUGAGCUUUGGGAAGAAGGUAAAUCUCACGUCACAUCAGAGAAUUCACACUGGGGAGAAACCCUACCCGUGCUCGGAAUGUGGGAAGACUUUUAGUCACAAAAUCAAUCUCCUUUCUCACUGGAGAACUCAUACCGGAGAGAAACCCUAUCAAUGUCGGGAGUGCGGGAAGUGUUUUAGCCAGAAUACGGGCCUGACGAAACAUCAGAGGACCCACACGGGCGAGAAGCCUUAUAAGUGCUUAGAAUGCGGCAAGACAUUUGGUCAGAAGACGAAUCUCACCACUCACCAAAGAAUUCACACAGGGGAGAAGCCGUACGCGUGUAUGGCAUGCGGAAAGAGCUUCAGUUACCGGACUGCUCUGACUUACCACGAAGGAACCCACACCAAGGAGAAGCCAUUUAAAUGCUUGGAAUGCAGAAAGAGCUUCACUCAGGAAAUCCUACUCCUGAAGCAUUAUAGGACUCAUUCAGAAGAGAAAAUAUUCCCCUACUUGGAAUGUGACAAUCCAACCAUGUAUCUUGCUGCACACCAACCCGUCUUCAAAAAGCCGAAACUGCACCAGUGCCUGGAAUGCAGGAAAACCUUUAGUCGGAGCACGGCGCUCCGGAAUCACCAACUUGUCCAUGAAAGCGGGAAGGAGUGUGCUUGCCUGGUCUGCGGAAAAAGCUUUGGUCACAAACUCAUCCUCAAUUGUCACGAAAGGAUCCACACCGGGGAGAAACCGUACAAGUGUCUGGAAUGUGGCAAAAGCUUUAAUCAUAAGAAAAACCUCUUGAGGCACCACCGGAUCCACACGGGGGAGAAACCGUACAGGUGCUUGGAAUGCGGGAAGUGUUUUGGUCAGAAAAUAGACCUCACCAAACAUCAAAGAAUUCACACCGGGGAGAAACCAUAUAAAUGCUCGGAGUGCGGGAAGAGUUUCAGCCAGCGUACCAACCUUUUCCAGCAUCAGAGCAUUCACACAGGGGAAAAAUACACCUGCUUGGAAUGUGGGAAAAGUUUCAGUCAUAAGAAAAACCUGACCAGACAUCAAAAGAAUGCACACAAGGUAGAGAUAUUAGAGAACUUCCUGUUAUUCCCCAGCCAGCUGAUCUGUGCCACCAUCAGAAGAGGUGUUGAGAGACGAGAAGGCAACCCCCCGCCCUUCCCGAUGGAUGAGCUGGAGGCCACAGGGUCUAGUGCUUGGGAAAGAAUGGAAGGUCUUCCCAAAGCCCCAUUGGUAGCGCAGACGAGCGGCUCUGAUGAGCUUCUGAUGGAGGCACCACCACAUCACGUGAAGCAGGAACCUACCGAGGGCUUGCAAGAUCUCUGGGAGAACCAGUGGCAGGAGUUCCUCAAGACCCUGCAGGCACCAGACUUGGAGUGGGGGGCUUCUCAGAUGCCUGACCGGCUCACUCCCUGGGACGAUGCCAGGGCCUUCCUGGCUUCUUUUGAACAAGUGGCAACCGCUUGCCGAUGGCCCCGGGAGAAGUGGAUGACCUUUCUCCGGCCAGCCCUGAGCGGAGAGGCCGAGCAAGCCUUCAGCCUCCUCCGCGCUCAAGAGAGAGCAGACUAUGAGAAGGUGAAGGCAGCCAUCUUGGAGGAGGAGGCCGCCGCCAGGGAGAGGCAGCGCCAGCACUUCCGGCAGCUCCGCUAUCAAGACACGGAAGGGCCGAGAGGCGUUUAUGGGCAAUUAUGGGAGCUCGGCCGCCGGUGGCUGAAAGUCGAGAGACGCACGAAAGACGAGAUUUUGGAACUGCUGAUCCUGGAGCAGUUCCUCAGCAUCCUGCCAGUGGACAUGCAGCUUUGGGUCCGGAAGCGAAAGCCUGCCAGCUGCACCCAGGCGGUGUCCUUGGCAGAGGACUUCCUGUUGAAGCGGAAAGAGGCCGCGAAAUUGAAACCGAAGGUGCCACCUACAGAGGAGGCUGUGGAACCUUCUGAGACAAGACAAGCUCUGGGUGGCUGGGCUGCCCAGCUCAGCAGAGACACCAAGGAAGGCGAGAGCAAGGAGGCAACAUGGCUGUGUGAUGAGCAGGUGUGGGGGAAAGAGGUGAACCCCAUUCAUUCCAAAGAACAAGAACAAACGGAUCCCAAGGAUGUUUCUCUGGAAACAAACAAGGAUUUCCAAUACUGUAAGAACGGUGCAACGUUGGAAGGUCCGAGCGAAAGGGGGAAUGUGCCAGCAACGGGUCCUGAGAAGGUCCUGACUAUUUUCUGCAUUGAUGAUCCGGGCAGUGCUCCAGAACAGCAGAAAUUCUUGGGUGACCAGGUGCAGCACACCAAAUCGGACCAGAAAGGGAACUUUGGACAAAGCUCAGGUCUUCUCCCGCUUCAAAGUACCGACACGGCCGGGAAAUUGCAUCUGUCCUCACAGGGGGGUAACAGCUUGAGGUCACCCCAGGCCCUUAUAACCCAGUCAGGAGUUUAUACGGGUCCAGGAAGCAUGAAAUGCUCCCAUUGUGAUCAAUGCUUCAACUCUGCUUCAAGUUUCAAGGAGCAUUUGAGUAUCCAUAACGGAGAGUCUUUGUUUAGCUGCUAUUAUUGUAUAAGAAACUUUGGAUCCAGUGCAGCCCUACGGGAGCACCUCCGAACGCAUACGGGGGAGAGGCCGUACCGAUGCUCAGACUGCGGAAAGAGUUUCAACCAGAAGCAUUAUCUGACCGUUCACGAGAGGCUGCACAGUGGAGAUAAACCCUACCAAUGCAUUCACUGCGGGAAAAGCUUCCCGGAGAGGACCCGGCUUCUCAUCCACGAGCGGAUCCACACGGGCGAGAAUCCCUUCGUUUGCUCCGAGUGCGGGAAGGGCUUCAACCAGAAGGGGAAUCUCGUGACCCACAUGAGGCUGCACACGGGAGAGAAACCGUACAAAUGUUCUCUUUGCGAGAAGCGGUUCAGCCAAAAGGCAGGCCUCUGCGCCCACGAGAAAACCCACAUAGGUCUGAAAAGAAUAUUUUGAUACAGGCCACUGGGCUGGUGCCUCGAUUGGGUGAAACUUGUUUUAGCGGAAAACCACAAACCUCAUUAUCGAAGGGAACCCACAGAAUUGCAGUUUGAUAUCUAGGAAAAUGUAAUUCCAAACCUGUGUUUCUCAACCAUGGCAACUUUUAGAUGGUUGGACAAUUCCCCAGCCAGCGUGGCCGUUGCUAAACAUUACCAAGAGUUGAUGUACACAUAUUUUCAAGUUGCUAUGGUUGAGAUAUUCUCAACCUUAGAAGCUUAGACUGUGCAGCUGCCAUGCCCCCGUCAGAGCCAGAAUCUGUGCAGGAGGAUGAGCCGGAGCAAUAGUGAGAUCAAGGGGGCUUUGUUGGCUUCGGAGGAAUGUGGGGAGUAGCAGGCCGAGGCAGCCCAGGGCCUCUCAUGAUUGGAAUGGCUUGUUGGCACGGAGGGAACGAGGACAGGGUGACCAAGGGAGGGCAAGCAGUGGACAUGAGGAGCAACAGAUCUCAGGCGAUGAGCAAGGAUUGCCCCCUCCUGAUUCCCGAGCACGGAGAGUGGAGAGAAGGUGGGAACAGCGCAGGCCGGCCCGACGACUCAGGAGGAGAGGGCCCCACCCCUCUUCACAAGGCACUAUUCACACAAAUGGAGCUGUGUGUGCAGACAGCUGCCCCAUCCUCACACGCACCCACCCACCCACCCCCCGCGCUGGGUUGGGUCUCCAAGUUGAAAAGGUUGUGGGCCGCUGUUGUGUUGUAUUCCAAAGCAUCUUUUUCUAAGGAUUUUGUGUGUGUGUGUGUGUGUGUGUGUGUGUGUGUGUGUGUGUGUGUGGGUGAGUCUUCAAGUCAGACCUUAUUUCCUGGUUACAUUUCCUGGAGAAUGGUAGAAUCAAGCCAUUAUUUUAUUUUAAUAAAAAUUCACUUUGGUAGAUGAAAUCACCCGGAAUUGAGGUGGACUUGAGGAAGCCUGUAUUUUUAAAUAACAUGAUGAUUGUGAUUGAUGAUGAUGAUGUUAUUCCAAAGUGAGGAAACUCAGUGGUGCAAAUGUGAGCAUUGGUAUCAGCCUGCCUUAAGACAAAACCCAGAUAAGAUUCUCCUCCAGGUUAAGUGGUAACCUUUUGGCUGGAACUUUUUCCUAGUAUGUUGGUUCUCAAAUAAAAGUUAUACACUAGCUAUUUCUGAUCCUCCAUCUAGAUUUAUGCA